AUGGAAUCACAGGAGAACGCCGCUGAGAGUGCCGUGCAGCCUGGGAAUCUUCGAUUGACACUGAUUGUCGUCGCGCUUUGUUUAGCUGUCUUCUUGACGGGCAUGGAUCAAACCAUCUUAGCUACAGCUACACCAGUAAUCAGCGACGAAUUCAAUGCUCUAGCGGACAUUGGGUGGUGGACAAAUGCUUAUCUCCUCACCUUGAGUAGCUUCCAACUAUUCUAUGGAAAACUCUACAGCCACUUCUCUAUUAAGCUGGUGUAUUUAGCUGCUAUUGCCUUAUUCGAGGUCGGAUCUUUGAUCUGUGCCACAGCUCCGAACUCGGUAGCUUUGGUAAUCGGCAGAGCGAUUGCUGGCCUCGGAGCCGCUGGCAUUUUCUCUGGUGGUAUAUUGAUCACGACUAAGCUCAUCCCUCUCGAUCGCCGCGCAGCUUACUUAGGGAUCAUGUCUGGUGUAUUCGGGCUCGCAGCCAUUAUCGGCCCAUUUCUCGGCGGAGCACUAACUGAUAGAGCUACGUGGAGAUGGUGCUUCGGGAUCAACCUGCCUCUAGGGGCUGUCACAGUCGUCCUGUGUGCCCUGUUCGUUCGUAUGCCUAAGGAACAGGAGACACAAGCUACCAGCUUCGUCAAGAAAUGCCAGCAGUUAGAUAUACCAGGGACGGCCUGUAUGGUUGGGGCCCUAAUAUGUCUCCUACUCGCGCUACAGUGGGGAGGGUCAACAUAUCCUUGGAACGAUAGACGUAUCAUCGCCUUAUUUGUUGUCUUUGGUGUCUUGACGAUCGUGUUCGUUGCAAUCCAGACAACGUCGAUUACCGGAACUGCGCGUACAAUCCCUUCAAGUUUAGCACGGAACCGUGACAUAUGGCUCGCUGCUAGCUAUGCUAUGUGUAUCACUGGCGGUGUUUAUGUCGCUGUAGUCUACCUUCCGGUCUGGUUUCAAACAGUGCGUGGCUCUUCAGCGCUUUCGUCAGGGGCGUUGCUUUCUCCUCUGAUUGCUGGAUAUGUUGUGUGCUCCAUCGUUGCAGGUGCAGUUACCAGCAUGGUUGGGUACUAUAAUCCGGGGAUGAUCGCAGGCACUACGUUAGCAAUAGCCGGAGCCGCACUAUUAACGACGAUAGACCUGAACUCUUCUACAGCUCGAAUUGUCGGGUAUCAGCUGUUAUAUGGGUUCGGUGUCGGCUUCGGGUUUGGACAGCCCAGCUACGUAGUCCAAACCGUAUUGCCAAGUGCUGACAUACCUGUGGGUGUAACAUUUAUCACGCUGGUCCAAAAUCUCAGUUCUUCGAUCUUUGUGGCUGUGGCACAGAGUAUCCUACAAAGCGAGCUGCGGUCCAAUCUUCAGUCCAUAGUUCCCGACCUGGAUGUCUCCUCGCUCCUAAACUCAGGUGCUGGUGACUUAAUAUCUACGCUACCGCCAGAGAGCCAGGGGGCAGCAAUUGUGGCUUAUAGCCGCUCUCUCAUACUAACACUUUACAUUUCGCUAGCUUUGAGUUGCGUGUCUGUUGUGGGUGCUUUGGGGAUUCGAUGGGGCUCUAUGAAGAAAGGCAGGAGUGAAGCUCUUAGUGGCACAGAAGCUCAAACGAUUGGACAGCAGGAAGAAAUAAAGAGUGAAGAGCGCCAGAUGAACGAAACAAAUGAAAACAAGUAA